GGACGGUAGAGAGCGACAGAUCCGAAACGGUGGCACGGUGGCGGAUAGUUUGCUGCAAAAACGAUUGAUCAAAAUCCUCGAGAGAACAGUGGCGGUCGUGCACACCAGGAGCCAUCAGGCUUGCGCUCACCUUCAAAGCUCUACUUCAAACACACACACAUACACGCACACGUACACACACAUACACACACACACACACACACACACACACACACACACACACACACACACACACACACGUACCUUGCUUCAUUUAAGCAUAUGCACACACUGAAACUCACACAACUGUCUUACACUUUAACACACUCACACUGUUACGUACUGCUCCACAGUUUUCCCAGCGCCGUGUACGGCGCAAAGUGAAUGUGGUUGAUUGGUAAGGUGGAUGCUGAGGAUGGAUUUGCAUUCACGGCUUGGGUCCACGGCAGGAUCCCGUUGCGGUUUUGUGUGAAACUCCCCCCCCCCCAUGAAUGAAGCUGGUGUUCGUUUCGUGAAUGAGUGCGUAAGCGCGUGUAUGUACGUGGAUCGAAAGCGCAUGGUAUCGUGAAUGGUGCGUGCGUGCGUGUGUGUGUUUGAGCGUGUGGUGGUUGUGCUUAUUCGUUCGGGUGGUUGGGACACACAGUGAUCUUUAAGCGUUUUGUUUGUCUUCUUUUUGUCGGUUUUUUGUUUGUUGGGGAUAUCCCUCGGGGCAUUCCUUCCCGGGGAGACGGUAUCGAGCCUUCAACAAGUGUGCCGAGAGCGCGUUGGAAAGAUGAAUUAAUAAUUACGUGCCCGAGUCCUUUCACCAGCACGCGGGCCCCGUAUUCUUCCGAACUUUUUGAAUAGAACGGAAGUCUUGUGUAACGCGUUGGCCCAGUGAAUGAAUUAUGAAUGUCUAGAAACGGUGGCGGCAGAAGGGUCCUCUCUGGAACGUUGUCUUGCGUAAACGGAAGGAUCCUUGCGCGAAUAGAACACUUAGUACUGAAGUCUGUUUGCUAACUAUUUGAAAAAAAAAAAAGAAAAAAAUACACAACAGCGUAUGCUGUCCGGUAACUGACGCGUUUGAAAGAAUCCGCCAUCAACCGCAAUCAACUUCGUCGUUCAGCCCGCCAAUCGAAAAAAAAAAACGCCUCCUAGGAGAGGGAGCUCCCUCUGGAGCGUGAGCACCCCCUGUGCGAGCGUGUGACCGGUAGCGGAUAUCCUUGCCGUGCAGUGAAACUGGAAGCAAGCGGCUGCUUUCUGAGCGGCACUGCGCACCAGCACGAGCAAGGCAAAUCCGGCAUGUCGUGCGGCGUACCGGGGAGCAGGUUCGCACUCGGCAGAAGGUUCGCAACCGGCACCAGCUAAAAGAUGACGAUCAUCGUGUUCCUGGUGGACACGUCCGCCUCGAUGUGCCAGCGGGCGCUGGUGAACGGUGUGCAGAAGACGUACCUCGACAUCGCCAAGGGUGCGGUGGAAACGUUCCUCAAGUUCCGGCAGCGGUCGCAGGACUGCAUGGGCGACCGGUACAUGCUGCUCACGUUCGAGGACCCGCCGAACAACGUGAAGGCGGGCUGGAAGGAGAACCACGCCACCUUCAUGAACGAGCUGAAGAACCUGCAGAGCAACGGGCUGACGUCGAUGGGCGAGGCGCUGAAGAACGCGUUCGAUCUGCUCAACCUGAACCGGAUGCAGUCCGGCAUCGACACGUACGGGCAGGGCCGGUGCCCGUUCUACCUCGAGCCGUCCGUGAUCAUCGUGCUGACCGACGGCGGUAAGUACGCGUUCCGGAACGGGGUCCACCAGGAGAUCAUACUGCCGCUGCACGCCCAGAUGCCGGGCACGAAGCUGACGAAGGAGCCGUUCCGCUGGGACCAGCGGCUGUUCUCGCUGGUGCUGCGCAUGCCGGGCAACCGGGUGGAGGAGCGGGCGGACGGGAAGGUGCCGCACGACGACUCGAUGAUCGAGAAGAUGUGCGAGGUGACCGGGGGCCGGUCGUACAAGAUCAAGUCGCACUACGUGCUGAACCAGUGCAUCGAGAGCCUGGUGCAGAAGGUGCAGCCGGGCGUGGUGAUCCACUUCGACCAGCUGAUCGCGAACGGGGGCGACGGGGGCGGCGCGGCCGAGCUGCAGUUCCAGUCGACCAAGCGCAUGAUCUACGUACCGAAGCAGCACCCGUCGCAGAAGACGUUCCCGGUCGGCUACUGGCCGAUACCGGAGCCGUACUGGCCGGACCCGAAGCUGACCAGUCUGCCGCCGCGCGACGCCCACCCGAAGAUCAAGAUCAUCUCACCGUGCUGCGACGAGCCGCAGGUGCUGCGCAACUUCCCGAUCGACAAGUACGAGCUGGAGGCGAGCCCGCUCACGCUGCAGAUCCUGUCGAAGAAGGAGUCGAACAAGGUGUGGCCGCUGAUCGUGUCGACCGGGAUGCAGGGCGAGAUGCCGUUCGGCUACCUCAAGCCGAACAGCACGCUGCCGAUCGUGCACCUGUACGUGCUGCCGUACAACUACCAGAUGCUGCUGCCGCUGAUCAACGAUCUGUUUCACAAGUUCAACCUGAACCCGCCGAACGACUGGGUGUACAAGUUUACCAACUACGUCAAGACGAUCCCGCAGUACUACUGUCCGUUCCUGCGGCGGGCGCUCGCGACCACCCCGAACGUGCCGUACCAGCUGGUGCAGUACAUACUGCCGGAGAACCUCGACAGCUACCUGUGCCCGGCGGUGGCCAACUAUCUGAAGCAGAUGAAGAACACGGCCAAGCAGGACCAGGAGAAUCUGUGCCUGCGCGUGCUCAAGCAGCUGAAGCAGCCGAAACCGGCCUACCACCAGCUCGAGACGGCGAAGCUGACCGGCGGCCAGCAGCUCAAGCGCGACAUCGUGACGCACCCGAUGCUGAAGGACACGUUCACCAAGAUGCACAUGGAGAUUGCCAGCUUCGACAGCUACACGAUCGUUAUACCGUCGAUCAUACAGACGGCGGCGACGAAAAACUACCGCAACCCGUACGACAUUCCGCGCCGCGACCUGAUCGACGAGAUUGCCCGGAUGCGGGAGAACUUCUUCCACCUGCCGACGAGCGGGAUCCACGUGUUCACGAAGGAUUCGGGCCACUGUCUGCCGAUAUCGGACAUGGGCAACUACCAGGAGUAUCUGAAGAACAAGGAGACGCCGCUCCGCGAGCUCGAGCCGACGAACGUGCGGCAGCACAUGUUUGGCAACCCGUACAAGAAGGACAAGAACAUGGUGAUGGUGGACGAGGCGGACCUGAACGAUCUCGCCCCGAUGAAGGCGAGCGGGCUGCCGGGCCCGCACCCGGGCAGCAGCCACAUGAAGAAAAGCCUCGAGCAGGGCACGGUGACGCGGCUGACCCGGAAGCGCAAGGCGGGCCCGAUCCGGAAGGACUACGUGUUCAAGCGGUCCGCGAUGGAGUUGGCCAGCAGCAGCGGCAGCAGCAGCCCGUCUGGCUCGCUGUCGGGGGACGAGUCGAGCAUCGGCGACCCGCUGCUGACCGACGACGAGAGCGGGUCCGAGCUUAGCGGGUCCGGCAGCGACACCGAGGACGAUACCGAGGGCUGCCUGGUGAUGGCGCUCGACCCGCUCGACGACCCGCCCGGGGAGCUGGGGGUGUCGAACCACCACCGCGAGCCCCUGCCCGAGGGGGCCAGUGUGGCUGGCGAAGCGGUGGCGCUAACGGAAGCCACAGCGACGACGGCGACGGCGGCAGCACCGGGCGGAACUGGAGCGCACCCAAGCAUGGCGGAGGUGGCAGUGGCCGAGGUGAAGGUGGUAAUACGCCGUGCGGGCUCGCCUGGAAUCGUCGGCGAGAAGGAGCAACCCCGAGCGGACGAAAGCGUCGCUUACUCGCCCAAAAAGCAAACGCACGAGCAGCAGCAGCAGCAGCCCGACAGUAAGGUUGGUGCGCACGUGGCCGAAGCGGAGCCGGUAAAGAAGGUAGAGAGGGACGCAACCGAGCCGGUGAGUGCGGACGGUGCGGCAGAGCGAGACAAUGGGAAGAAAGACAGCCUGCCGGUUGAGAGGGAGGAGACCGACGUCGAGGAGGAGUUCGAGCAGGAGGGCGAGGAGACGGCCGAGUCUAACGUGCGGCAAGUGGAGCAGGCCGCGGAGCAGGCAUUUGCACCUAGACCGGACGGCAGCAUGGACGGUGGGGUGAAACCGCACAUCGAGCUUACGGAACAAAGGGAGCGCAUGGUGGUGGAGCAGGCCGAGCAAGCGGCGGAAGAAGCGAAUGUACCGCUGGGAGAGGAGCAGGCGACGGCGGAUGGGGCUGCACCGCCAUGCCCGGAAAGCGUCCAGGUGGACGAUCAUAUCAACACGAGCCACGAACGGGUACGAGCGGAAGCGGAGCAAAGUUCGGCGUUACGGUUACAAGCGGACCAGACGGUGCAGCCGUCGCCGAGUGCGGCCGCGGAGGUGCCAGCGCACAGCGAAGCAAGCAAGGAAGUGGACGCGGAGCCUGAACGGGCGAGCGCUGCGGUGGAGCCAGCACUACGGGCGGAGGAGCCCAAGCAAGCGGCGGAUCCGCUGGCUGAGCCUACAAAGUCGCUGACGGAGCCAGCAGUUUCGGAGCCCGCACCCCAGCAGCAAGCACAGCCGCAAGAGCAGCGGCCAACGUCACGCCAUGCGUCGGUAGUGCAGUGGGGGAUGGAGGCGAGUGCGGCGGACGCAACGGACGUACUGCGGAUGCAGGAGCAGGAACAGCAGGAGCAGCAGCAGCAGCAGCAGCAAGAGCAACAGCAGCAAGAGCAGCAGCAAGAGCAGCAGCAGGAGGAGCAGCAGGAGGAGCAGGAACAGCAGCAACAAGUGCACGAGCAACGGCCAGCGGCACCGGCCCGCCAUCCGGCGGUAUCGCAAUGGAGCCUCGAGGCCGGCAACGACCUGACGGACGUGCUGAAAAUUUCCAACAUCCUCAAAACCUGCCACAACGGUAGCGAAAGCGACCGCGACAAGGACGGCCAUUACGACGACGGGCCGCCGGCCGACCGGCCUACCGUCAUCAGCAGUACGAACAGUGGCGGCGCGCACCAGGCGGGCGGAGGCACUGCCCCCGAUGCCGAGCCGGUGAUGGUGCUGGCGAACGGGCUCGCCUCGGCCGCGAUGAACGGCGGGUGCGACGGUGCGGUGCAGCCGACGCUCAACUGGGACUACAACUACGCGCUCUACUCGUGCGUCGAGGACGAGCAGGAGCUGGAGCGCAUCGAGGAGACGAACCUGCGGACGCGCUCGAUCGUGUACCGCGACAUCCGGCGGCCGGGCCGGGACUACGCCCAGCUGCUCAAGCAUCUCGAGCUGGUGGAGGGCAGCCGGGCGACGCGCAAGCACUUCGUGGACGCGUGCGUGCAGGAGGCGCGCCGGUUCCGGCGCCACCGGAUGGUGGAGUGCAUACAGGAAUGGUGGGCCCGGUCGCACGCGGCGACCGGCGUGAAGCGGUCCCGCCACAAGCAGCAGCCGCAGCAGGAGGGCGACGGCGGCUCGACCAACACGUACUACGCGUACGGCAACAGCGACGGGCUGCUGGAGGACGAGCAGGAGCACGCCCUCACGCCGGACAAUCUGUACUUUGCGCACGAUGCCGGCGCGUCCGCGUACGGCAGCAGCAGUGAGACGUACCGCAGCACGACACCGCCGGGUGCGGCCGCCUACCUGAACAACAGCAUCGGCGGCCCGUACGGGACCAUAGAAUUUAGUCAUAACAAUCACUUCGCGGAGGCGGUGCACGUACCGUUCUCCUAGCUCGUUGGUGGAGCGGUCCAUCCGCGCACCACCCUUUAGUUUCAUUCGUUCGCGACGCCAGUCAAUGCCAGUAGCAACUAAUGCAGGUGGUUUCGGGCAGGGUUUGACGCGACGGCUUGGUGCAAUAGUUCCAAUCAAUCCAGUGCAAUAUUAUUGCAAUCAUUCUGUGGCGGUGAGGCAACGCUCCUGCAUUGCCAACCGGCUGCAGCGAUUCGGCACGUUGCACCGAGCGGUUUGUCAGUGAAACGCCCCAGCCUACUGCGCCAAGGGAUGACUGCGCUAGGCGGCUAAAUGCUCAGUAUGUUUGGUUUAUUGUUUGCGAGUUGCUUUACAUUAAUUUUAUUUUUAAUCUUUUGCGUUUCUGUAGGCGUACACCGUAACAGGGGCUUUUUAUAUUCCUUUCUUUUUUCUUCCCCCCUUUUCCCCUUCUUGAUUGUGCAAGUACUACACGCCAUUGAAGCAAUGACGCCUUUAUUUUAUAUUUAUAUAUAUAUGGCUCCAAACCCUCCCCGUUAUCGGGCUUGAUGGUCCGUCUUAUCUCUAAUAGUGAUGGGAGCGCUGUGGAGCGGCUACGAUUCCGAGUGUGUCACAGUCGGAGCUGGGCGCGGAACCACUCCGACCAGCUCCGAACGAUGCCGACCGAACGUACGCUCCCGAGCCGGUUCCAGCAUUUUUGGAGCUAGGAUCGUAUUUUUGGCUUUUGCUUUGCCAACUGUACCCCCGCCCUCCCUUCACGGUAUCUCUGUACUGGCUGGCUAUCAGUGACUUAAUAAUCGAUCCUAUACAGCCGACUAGCUAGUUCUGUGCGCGCGGGAACUCCCUACUGAGCGAGCUGUACAGCUCGAAAGAGGAUGCGUGCUACCGUGCCGCAGAACGAGGUCAUAUCCGAAGCAAUAUACAAACAGUGUAAUAUGUUUUCUAUUUUUGGUUGAUGCCCCCUGAUUUUAAUACGUCUUUUUAAUUAAGUGUAGCGUUAACUUAAACAGUACUUUUAUGCAUCAUUCUUUGGAUCGCUGUAUGCUAUCAAAGACCUACAAAUUGUAAAGAAAAAAAUAGAAUAGAACAAUAAGCUAAAAUUACAACAUUUACGAUAACUAGGCUUCUUUUUUUUUAACUGAACAGAUUACUAAAUAAUCUAUCCAGCAGAAAGAACAGCCGUUACGGUGGGGGGGGGGGGGGGGUGAGCGAAGAAUGCUAACGGUCGUUUUGACCGUGUUGAAGCAUGUUUCAACUUUAUGGCAACACGGUUAGUAGCACUGUUUUGAGGCAGCAGUGCAACUUUCGCGUAUGCGAAAUUAGCAAAACUUCCAAUUCAUUAUUAUUUUUUUUUUUUCGAUGUAUAUUUUUGCGUUCGCAAUCGCAAAUCGAAAGUCGACACUGUCGUCUCUGUGUACAGUCGGUGUUGAUGGGAGGGAGCGUAAGAACGACCUCUUCCACGCGAGAGCUCUGAGCUUGUUCAGUGACGUGUCAUGGGUAUCAUCUGUUUUAAGUAUUGUUAUCCGGAAAAUUAUAUUAUGUUAUUUUGCGCGUUUUUUUUUAAAUGAAAAAAGUGUGGUCUAUACGAUCAAAGUAAGCUUAAAAAAAGUAUAAUUUUAGAAAAAAAAAUUGUAAAUACAAAUAAUGAUUAACAAAAAACCUAUAUGGUGGAUGGUGGAGUGUGUAGAGCCGUGAGCCCCGAGCGCUCUGCAUCGUGCAGAGUGUUUGGAGCUCAAGAAGCUCUGCCGAGCGACAAUAGAGCGUUUGCAAUUCACUUGACAUAGAACAAACGAGCUCAUCUCCUCUUUGAAAAGAGUUACUGGGCACAGCAACACUGGUCAGCAUGCAACAUUCUAUUGGUUAGUAUGGUGCCAUCGUUGUCCUGAUGUUUGCCAGUGUGACCGUACGGUAGACUUUUAUUUUGUAGGAAGUUAUAAGUACUAGCUCCAUCUACAGUGGAUUGCGCUGUACUAUUUCAGGUUCCUGUACAUCUGAGAAGGGGCAGAAAAUUCGCAGCGCCUGCGCCUGGUUUUGAUAUCAGGCUGCGAGCGAGACACACACACACAGCUCGCACUGCUUUGUCCAUGCUUAGAAGCGGGAUAGAAAUGGAAUGAAACACAUCGGGUGAAAGAGGCUACGCUUGCUUAUCGGGGAAAAGAAAUAUGGCGUGCCUAUUUUCCUCCACGGCUGUGUGAAAAGUAAGCAACCAGUCAACAACGAAAGCUCGAGCAGUGCAGUCGAACAGGACCGCACUGUCCGGACCCGUAUUUACAAAGGGAAAAAGAGACAGCGUGUGCGUGCGUGUUGUGGGGUAGAGAGAAAGAGAAGUACAGAAUUCUGCUGGGUUGGUAGAUGAUGUAAAGCAGUUCGGUUUCAUAUGCUCCAGCUCCAGCAGUAGGGCUGGUGCAAUUAGUCGAGCGUCAAAAACCAUGCCCCAGCAGCGCAAUCAGCAGUAGAAGGUGUGCAUUGUAACAUUAGUGUUAGUGGUAAUACAUUUAGAAAAGCCUUUCAGUAGGUCCAUAAUGGUAGUGUAGUUAAAUAGUAAUCAUUCUGGCAACGUUUAGAGAUACAUACCAGAAUCUUCCCAUGUGGUUCACAUCUGGCCAAG